AAGUGAGGAACUUUAAGACCAGAGAGAUUAAGUGACUUAAGUGACUUCAGCUACACUGCAAGUUGGUGCUAGAGCCAGCCUAAGAAACAACUAUGUACGCCCUUAUGUCUCAUUCUAGUGCUUUUGGCACUGUGUCAGCCUGCGAUCUCUCUAUUUCAGAGGACCAUGAGGACAGACACCGUUCAUCCCCUGGGUCUCCCAUCUUUGAAAGGUCUUGGGUUGCCCAGGUUUCCUCAGCGGGCUCUUUUUCCUUUGGCCAUUUUUAUUUUCUUGCAUUCAGAAUCCACUUUCUAUGACCUCCAUGAAGAGAGAAGGAGUGUCUGAGUUUCCUUUUAACAUUCCCUGGGUAGUCAAGCAAGAUGACGGAAGGAUUACUUUGAUAUGGAAUGAAGAGUAGAACUAUUUCCUCUCAUGAGACUGGUGUCCUGCCUGGCCAUUAACCUUUGGCUGUAUCUAGACUGACAACCAAGAAGCCUUAUGUGAAUCUAAUCCAGAUUAUCUAAAGAAAAGAAAAAUCCAAAAAACAAAAACCAGGUUUAAUUUCAUUGUCUCACAGAUGCUUUUACAAGGAGGUGAGGUAAAUUUACCAGAAAUAACCUAGCUAAAAGUAGACCUGGAACUAGAGCCCUGCCUUCAGACUCCUAGUCUGUGUUCUCUCUGCUACACUAUGUUGAUGGAGCAUCUUCCAUGGUACCAGUGAGUUACUGUUUUCAGAGUGAGUGUUUGGAAAGUGUAAACGAAAGAUCUGAAUGUUGUAACAAGCAAUAACAUAAAGCUUCAAUUAGUUGGAAGCCCUACUUUUCUAUUACUGUCAUGACCCUGUCCCUCCUCUCUUAGACUAGAUGAUAAUGGCUCUGCCAACCUUAAAUAAUGGGAUUCAACAAUUCAUGUGCAAAGCUUGAGGAUGCCCACCUGGGAAACACUGACUCCAAACAAAUGAGGUGCAGGUUAUCAUUCUGAAUCCAAAGCCAAGGAAUAUAAACAUGUAUGCAAACGAGCUUGUCAGAAGGCAAUUGAAAAGCUGCAGGCUGGUGCUCUUGCAACUGAUGCAGUGACUGCAGCACUGGUGGAACUUGAGUUCAUCUAAUUUUUCUCCAGGGUUGCAUCCUAGCCCCAGAGUGGUUAGCUUUUGCAGUCUCUCAUGGAUCAUUUGUAGCUUUUUUACUCCCAAUAUCCUCUGUGCUAUUGUUGAUAGAUGCCUUUACAAGUCCCCUCAAGAUGAGGUUCAUGGAAAAUGUGAAGUUAAGCAGCUGAUGGAGUUCAUUUAAAUUGGAGUGUCUCAAGGAUUCUCCUUUUACAAAUGCAGGAAUGGGAUCUAAUCUAAAUCUGUUAGGUGAAAUUGAGUGUGAUGCCAGCAUAAUGGAUGGAAAAUCCUUAAAUUUUGGAGCAGUUGGAGCACUGAGUGGAAUCAAGAACCCAGUCUCAGUUGCGAACAGACUGUUAUGUGAAGGGCAGAAGGGCAAGCUCUCAGCUGGCAGAAUUCCUCCCUGCUUUUUAGUUGGCGAAGGAGCCUACAGAUGGGCAGUAGAUCAUGGAAUACCCUCCUGCCCUCCUAACAUCAUGACCACAAGAUUCAGUUUAGCUGCAUUUAAAAGAAACAAGAGGAAACUAGAGCUGGCAGAAAGGGUGGAAACAGAUUUUAUUCAACUAAAGAAAAGAAGACAAUCAAGUGAAAAGGAAAAUGACUCAGGCACUUUGGACACGGUGGGCGCUGUGGUUGUGGACCACGAAGGGAAUGUUGCUGCUGCUGUCUCCAGUGGAGGCUUGGCCUUGAAACAUCCGGGGAGAGUUGGGCAGGCUGCUCUUUAUGGAUGUGGCUGCUGGGCUGAAAAUACUGGAGCUCAUAAUCCCUACUCCACAGCUGUGAGUACCUCAGGAUGUGGAGAACAUCUUGUGCGCACCAUACUGGCUAGAGAAUGUUCACAUGCUUUACAAGCUGAAGAUGCUCACCAAGCCCUGUUGGAGACUAUGCAAAACAAGUUUAUCAGUUCACCUUUCCUCGCCAGUGAAGAUGGCGUGCUUGGCGGAGUGAUUGUUCUCCGUUCGUGCAGAUGUUCUGCUGAGCCUGACUCCUCCCAAAAUAAGCAGACACUUUUAGUGGAAUUUCUGUGGAGCCACACAACAGAGAGCAUGUGUGUUGGAUAUAUGUCAGCCCAGGAUGGGAAAGCCAAGACUCACAUUUCAAGACUCCCUCCUGGUGCGGUGGCAGGACAGUCCGUGGCAAUUGAAGGUGGAGUGUGCCGCCUGGAGAGCCCAGUGAACUGACCCUUCAGGCUGAGUGUGAAGUGUCUGAGAGGCAUUUCAGAACCUGAGCUUUUUGGGGUUUUUAAUUGAAGUUGGCUGUUUUAUCUUCCUUGUUUUAUAAUUCCUAUUGCAACUUCGUGCACUGCUCGAGACACAAGUGCUGCUGUAGUUAGCGCUUAGUGACACACGGGCCUUUGGCGGGUGAGCGGGACUGUGUGUGUGUG